AUGCCCUUUUUAAGCAUGUUUGUACAGGGGAAAAAAGAUGCUUCACAUCUUCAACCAUCCUCAACUGGGAUACAAGAUGGCGAAGAGAGAGCCAAAACCACAUCAUCAGUUGUAGUUGUCACUGUUUGUGUGUUGGUGGCUGUGAUCAUCAUUCCUCUGGUUGUGAUCGUUAUAGUUUUUGUAACGAGGAAACGAAGGAAGUUUGGUUGCACUGUUUCACUGAUGGUCAGGGUGGUGGAGGACGGUGAAGAGAGUAAGUAUGCAAUGGUGGAGACCACUUUACCAGUAGUGAGACCCUCUAUCCCACAUGCUACAGUCCAAGACCAGGAGAUUGACAUCAGAAGAAUGGCUUGUUCUCAAUAUGCUGAAUCGGGACCUCUUCCUACCGACAAACCAAAAACUUUCGAUGUGGCUACCAAGACACAGUGUCCUUACGUCACAGUCCUACCUAACGACACUGCUCCUGCCAAGGACAAUGACAAGAAGAAUGCGGACAAGUCAACACCCAAAGGACCCCCCACAGUGGAGUCAGUGAUGUCACUGUUGCGGGGCGUGGCUAUUCGUUGGAAGGAGAUUGUGAAAGGCCUUGGAUUUGACGAAGACUACAUUGAGGACGAGAUUGAUCCAAACAACGACUCUAAUGAGGGCUGUCUGCGGGAGUGUGUGGAGAUCUGGGUUUUCAAACAACAGCCAUCCUGGGAGAAACUGUCUCAUGUACUGAGAGAUCUAGGGGAAGAGGAACUGGCCCGACAGGCCAAGAAUCGAGAGCCACAAGAGGAGUGGCAGGUACCGAGUAGGAAGACCAGUGACUCAAGCUCAAGAAGAGUUGUUGCCGAUGCCUCAUCUUUGUCCACUGAAUUCAUUGGUGAGGUGGUGCCUGGAGUUGAGGAGACAGCAGCUCCUGAUGAUGGCAACAAUGAAGACCGAAGCAGGGAAGGCAAGAACGUGAUGCCAAAUGAUUAUUCAAGUGGCGAGCAAGGUGUCCGAUCUGCCUUUUUGGCUUACCGUGCUCUCCAAGAGGAAGGUCUCAUUGUCAGUGGGAGCCUUGAGGAGGAUGAGGAUACCAAGUGUAAUGUUGGGACUAAUCCCACCAUUGAAUCAGAGAAGGGGGAGAAAGAUGAUCCAGACUUUGCUCAAGAUCCAGUGAGUACCCAGGGAUCAGAUGAUGACUACCACUCUGGGUCCAUCAAUUCUGGGAGGCAGAAAUCAACAGCCACCUUGGACCCUUUCAAGGUCAUUGAUAGGGAUUUAAUCACAGCUGUUGUUGUGGUCCCUCAGCAGUGCACUGGUUUCAGUGGUAUCACUGAACCAGAGGAGACAGACACAGCCAGAUGUCCAUUCAGACUUGCUGAAGAAGUGGUAAAUGACAACCUGUCCGUGUAUGAGGGGCAGCAGUGUGCAGGAAGGUUUGGGCACAAAAACCUAGUCUACCCUCAACUUAACCUCAAAGCUGGAGGUGGAAUGCUGGUGGUUGGAUGCGUAUACACGAGACAUGGCAUCUUGAAACCGGUGCCUCAUGAUGAGCCAUCUCCAGAGCCAGAGGAGAACCUGCCCCAACCAUCACCAGAGGAGACUGACUCCUCCGAGCAGCUCCCACCACAGCCCACUCCACCCCAGUCCCAGUAUGCGGAGGUCUCACCUCUUCAGGUGCAGGAGAACUACCUCCCUCCCUAUCCACCACCACACACAUUCAAGGAAUGGCAAGGGUUCGACCACACAGGAAGUUACCAGGAGAUCACGAAGCUGUGGGACCCUGGAGUGAGUCGUGGUUUCCACGGGCCAGAUAAACUCUUUGGACUCUAUUUGGGGGCUCCCCACUCGGUUGAGCUCCCUUCUUCAGCUGCCAUUCAUAAUUAGGCUGAAGCUGCUGAGAUUUUGCUGUUUUGAAGGAAGAUUUUCCUGAUGUCAGCUUUUUAAAAAAGUGUGUUUAGCUAGUCCCAUAUUAUAUCCCAAGUUCUGUAUAUUGUUAUAUUCGUCACGAUAUGUGUAUGAAUAUUAAUAAAUCCUGUGGGAGAUUAUACUAUGAAUGUUUUUCAAAGUUGUGUCACAUGAUACGUUUAUAGAAUGUUUACCUCCAUAUUAUUUACCUAUGAUGAUAGUGACUUUACUGAAAAGAGAUAAUUUUUCCGUGCAUGUCUCAACAACUUGGUAAUGAGGUAGAAAGGCA